UGUGGCAGCAGCUCGGAGACGGACGGCGCUCAAUCGGAUACUUACAUCUCUGCUUCACUCUGCCCAGGAGAUGAAAUCCGCAUUUUAAUCGCGCAAAACUUCAUUCCAGCCCAAGAUGACGGUGGAUUUUGAAGACUGUAUUAAAGAUUCACCCCGGUUUAGGGCAAACAUUGAUGAGGUGGAGACAGAGGUUGUGGAGAUUGAGGCAAAGCUAGACAAGCUGGUGAAGCUAUGCAGUGGGAUGAUCGAAGCAGGGAAGGCGUAUGUCAGCGCCAACAAGCUCUUUGUCAAUGGGAUCCGGGAUCUGUCCCAGCAGUGCAAGAAGGAUGAGAUGAUCUCGGAGUGCCUGGAAAAGUGCGGGGAAAGCCUCCAGGAAAUCGUCAACUACCACAUGAUACUCUUCGAUCAAGCUCAGAGGUCUGUCAAGCAGCAGUUGCACAACUUUGUGAAAGAGGAUGUACGUAAGUUCAAGGAGACCAAGAAGCACUUUGACCGGGUGCGUGAGGAUAUGGAGAUCGCCCAGGUGAAGAAUGCCCAGGCACCAAGGAACAAGCCUCACGAGGUGGAGGAAGCCACCAGCACGCUCAGCAUCACCCGCAAGUGCUUCCGACACCUCGCUCUGGACUACGUGCUGCAGAUCAACGUCCUCCAGGCUAAGAAGAAAUUUGAGAUCCUAGAUGCUAUGCUGUCAUUCAUGCAUGCCCAGUACUCGUUGUUCCAGCAAGGCUACAACCUCCUGGAUGAGAUUGACCCGUACAUGAAGAAACUGGCUGCUGAGCUGGAUCAGCUGGUGAUUGAUUCAGCCAUGGAGAAGAGGGACAUGGAGCAUAAACACGCAACUAUACAACAGAGGACCCUGAUGCAGGACUUCUCCUAUGACGACUCUAAGGCAGAGUUCAACGUGGAUGCUCCUAAUGGUGUAGUAAUGGAGGGCUACCUUUUCAAAAGGGCCAGCAAUGCCUUCAAGACCUGGAACAGACGAUGGUUCUCCAUACAAAAUAGUCAGCUGGUCUAUCAGAAGAAGCUCAAGGAUUCUCUGACAGUUGUGGUGGAGGACCUCAGGCUGUGCUCUGUUAAGCCGUGCGAAGACAUCGAGAGGAGGUUCUGCUUUGAGGUCGUCUCCCCUUCAAAGAGCUGUAUGCUUCAGGCUGAAUCUGAGAAGCUUAGGCAAGCCUGGAUCCAGGCCGUUCAAGCUAGCAUUGCCUCAGCCUACAGAGAGAGCCCCGACACUUAUUACAUCGAGCGUCUCGACAGAACAGCCUCCCCGUCCACCAGCAGCAUCGACUCAGCCAGUGAACCGCGGGAGCGCAGCGUCCGAGGGGAGACCAUCCUGCAGCGGAUCCAGUGUCUGCCAGGAAACGAGCAGUGCUGUGACUGCGGCCAGGCUGACCCUCGCUGGGCCUCCAUCAACCUGGGCAUCCUGCUGUGCAUCGAGUGCUCUGGCAUCCAUAGGAGUCUAGGAGUUCACUGCUCUAAGGUGCGCUCUCUCACAUUAGACUCAUGGGAACCAGAGCUACUAAAGUUAAUGUGUGAGCUUGGAAACAGUGUCAUCAACCACAUCUAUGAAGGCUCAUACCAAGAACAGGGUCUGAAGAAACCAUUACCGUCCAGUUCAAGGCAGGAAAAGGAGGCCUGGAUUAAGGCAAAGUAUGUAGAGAAGAAAUUCCUGAAGAAGCUGGGCUCCACAGAGAUACUCAUCAACGGCGAGAGGAAGUCGGAGCGGCGGUGGAGUGUAAAGAAGUGUCGGAGACACAAUAGUGCCACCACGGUACCCAAGACGCGGCGGAGAUACCGACAAGACCCUGGAAGUGCCUCCCCGGCCACCCUCUCAUCAACAGCUGCUAAAUUCCGAAGAGAUUCCCUGUUUUGCCCAGAUGAGCUGGACUCUCUCUUCUCCUAUUUUGAUACAGGAUCUGGGCCCCGAAGCCUGAGCAGCGACAGCGGGCUGGGUGGCAGCACAGACGGCAGCACCGACAUACUGGUGUUUGGCUCAGUGGUGGACAGCGUCACAGAGGAAGAGUGCGAGGUGUCUGAAGACUCGAGUGGCGAGGCUGAGCUGGAGGCCGAGCCAGAGACGUCGGACCCAGAGGAUGUGAGGGAACUUCAUCCUGGCACACUGCUCUACAAAGCCUCCAAGGCCCGCAACCUGCCCGUCAUGGCCGAAGCACUGGCCCACGGCGCCGACGUCAACUCCGUCAAUGAGGAGGAUGAAGGAAAGACGCCACUCAUUCAGGCUGUGAUUGGAGGCUCACUGAUAGCCUGUGAGUUCCUGCUUCAAAAUGCUGCUGAUGUCAACCAAAGAGACGCAAGAGGGAGGGGCCCGCUGCAUCAUGCUACCUAUCUGGGACAUACAGGGCAGGUGUGUUUAUUCCUCAAAAGGGGGGCGACACAGAAUGACGGGGAUGAGGAUGGCCAGGAUCCACUGAGUAUAGCUGUACAGCAAGCCAACGCAGAUAUUGUCACACUGCUGCGACUUGCCAGGAUGAAUGAAGAGAUGCGGGAGUCUGAGGGACCCUUCGGCCAGCCAGGUCAAUACCCCACCAGCAGCCCCACUGAGCAGCAGUAUAAGAAAUGCAUACAGGAGUUUAUCUGUCUCAACAUAGCUGAGUGCUAGAGGAGGUCUCAGUCUCGAAAUCAGGUCUGGUCAGGUCAUACUAACAGUUUAAAAGCAGUGCAGGGGGUGCCAGUAGACAAACCACAAACCUCUGAACCGGAUGGACCUGUUGGGGAUCCUUCAAGUGUUACAUCCGUUUUCACCACCAGAUUAGCGUCUUGUCUAAAGAAAACUACAAAACAAAUCAGAAUAAUUCCAGUGUUCACCGAAUUAUUCCAGUGUUCCUCAACCCAGCACAGCCUGUUGACUCUAGAUGAUGUCCCAGAGUCUGCCAGCAGUCAGCUCCCGUCUCAGGAUUACAUGAGAACUCAACGCUAAGUUCCUUUUAAUGAUGUCAGAUAUGUAAAGCUGACUUUGCAUAACAACUGCCAAAAAAAAUCAGUGUACAGAAACAUGAGCAUACAGUAUUAAGUACGUUUCUGAAGUGCUGAUGAGCCCUAUUACUGAAGACAUGACAAUUCACUGCCAAGACAGAAUUCAUGUUGUUCAUUCUUACAGGGUUAUAACGCGAUGGUCUCUUCUUGGGGUAGCCAUCGCCAGUCUAAAGCAAUCAAAAGUCAGACAAAGUCAUCAGCAAUGAAUUAGGGACCAACCUUGCCCUUUAAUUGGAGUUGUUAGAGGGUGCUGGUUUGCAGUAUCCAAGAGGAUACAGGGUGCUCUGAACCAAAGACCUGCCACGACUCAUCUCAGUCAUCGAUUCAGAUUUCCACAUUCAGCGUUCCAGCAGUCUCAGGCUCAAUUUGAUCAAGCCGUCGACUGCAGUGUAUGAGUUUUUGUCAAAUCAGAGUAUGGAAGGAUACCAAACUGACUAGUACAGGGUGGCGCAGCUCAUCUACAGGGUUUAGAAUUAGGUUAAGGUCCGUCGUUUGUCAAUCAAGCCUGUUUUAUGACAUUAGGUGUGUGUUCGGAGGGGGAUUCAUGAAUCUGUCAGUUACAAAGGAUAAACUGUGAUAACUGUGAUCGAGAGUAAGUGAUCACAGAGGAAGUAUCAUUACUCUGUAUUUGUCUUGAUCGAGACUAAAGUAAAGCUUUUAUGUGUAAUUAAAAGCAAAAAAUAUGCACUUUUCCUACCAACAAUGAUUUGGUUUUUUCUUUUUUGCUGUUACGUCAUGGUAAUUUCAUUUGAUAAGAUAGGUUGAAACGCUUUUGUUUUGCUCUUAUUUAUGAUGGAAUGCCCAGAGCAAUAGUGCAAUGAUCAUUUGAAUACAGAUACUCUGUAAUUUUUGUAUUAUGUUUAUCAACAAUGCAGAUGGUAUUUUUUUAAAGCUGGAUAUAUUUUGUUAGAUUUUAUUUUGCUGAGCACUCACAGACACACACACACUCACACACACAUAGCGCCAGUAUUAUAUUCUCAUCGUGAGAAAGACAACCACUGUUCCAUAAUUUGAUGAGUGUUAAACCACAGGGGGUUAAUAUGCAGUGCACACUGCAGUGGAAGAGUGACAUUUUUGAUAUAAAAAAAACCCCACAUUAAACGAACAUGUAUUUCUGUAUAUAUGGUAUUUGUAUGUUAAAAUGUUUGUUGAGAACAUUUGUUUAUGGUAAUCAGAUGUAUCAUGACUAGGCCUAUAUUAGAUUUGUCUUUGGUUUUCCAGUCCAAUAGUGCAUGGGUGGCUGUUGCCUGGGUCUUUUUAAGCCCUGUUGCUUUUGUUUACUUCUGUACCCAGUGUAUGUGAAUAUUUGACAUUUAUUAUCGUUGAAUAAUGUUAAAAACCAUAUUAUAUACUGCCAAAUCAUGAGAACUGUGCAUGGAAUGACAUUCACGAGCCGCUAUCUGUGGUCCUUGGUCCGACAGAAAUAUAUGCAAAUUGACUGAGUGCUCCUUUCCCAUUGAUUCCCAAUGGCUGGUGCAAAGACGGAGUGUCAGAUUGAUGACAGUGAACACAACAUGCAGCCAUUGCUUCUUGUAGACAAAUCAGAUUAUAUUUAUCGAUCUUGUCCAUAACCAUAACCGUGGCCAGUGUAAACAUGUUGUAUGUGGAGUGUCAUGAUAAUAUUGUGUUCAGAGGAUAUAAAUGGGAGACUGUUUUUCUAUAAAAUCGGUAUAAAGGCUGUGGUUCAGUCGAAUUAAAUGGUUAGAUCUCUUGGGAUUGAUCCAGGGCAUCACACUGAGAAAAUUGGUCAUGCUGUCAGUACAAUUAUGGAAGAGACACUUAUGUAACUGACCACCGUGCUGUUUACAUGAUGUACCCAAGCCAAAAUUAGCCUAAACUUGAAUAUUAAAUUACCCUUUCUUCAAGGUAUUGCUUGUCUUUUACAGAUGCUACAGACUGUUUAGGAUUAGUUCAAGCCAAAGACCACAGACAGUUUUUCAGAGGGAUUUAAAGGCAGCAUCUCUCACUAAGUACUUUACCAUUCCCUUUUUCAGAGAAGGCCACGAAUCUAGACAUCAGACUGAAGUCUGUAUUUUUUUUUUUUUUUUGGUCAAAUAGGACAUGCACACAGGUUGAGAUUUUAUGCCAGAGAUGUGGCUUGGAAGAGCAGCCCUCUUAAAUUUUCUCCCCUCUUGUCCUGCUUGUCAGUGACACAUUCAAAGCACUUUUAUAUUUGAAUAAAAGACUGUUGUAUGAUUACUUACGUUAAAUAUACAGUUUUUCUCAUUCCGGCCUUUUCUUAUAUGAUGCAGUACAUGGUGUGGUGGCUGGGGGAGGAACAUUGUCACCCACAAUGUUAACAACUAUACAAAAGUCAACAGAAAGCAGAUUAUAUUGGAUGAAGGUUUUGAGCAACAAACAAACUGAGAUUUGAAGCCAGUGAAGCAUUAUGUGUUGUACAGUGUGUCUGUAUCAGUCAAUAGGUCAACAAGCUGACUGUUGUGUAUAUAUAAACUAAAAGCUAACACGUCAUCUGCUUGCUUCUAACAUACAACUAUGAACAUGCCUGUAUUUUUUAUGUUUCUGACUGUUAUCUUUACAGUUUCUUUGAAUAUUGUAAGAGAACCUUUGUCUCUGAGUAUACGUGUUGCAUAUUAACACUUAACCUGUGUUUGGUUUGAAUCAGCUUUUUGUUCAGUGACUUAUCCCGAUGUCUUCUAAAAUGAAAAUAAAUGGAAGAUGUGAUUAAAG